AUGGUGAUAAAGCAGAAGAUUUACCCUGCUAUACCGAUGGCCGAAUCACACAUUGCUGCGGGAGUGACUCAAUUUGUCUCACUAAUCAAUUAUGCCUUUCCUUGGAUCAGCCUUUUUUGCUUUCUCGCGGAAGUUGCACCGAUCCAAGCUGGGGCACCUCGUGCCCAUCAAUUUGCGCAAGGCGCUGGUGCAGCCCUUAUCCCGUACCUAAAUGGUACUACAUCCGCUGAUGAAGAGCCGACAUAUUGCUGCAACUCAGUCGUCAUCUCUGGCAAUGACACCCUCGUAUGCAGCAAAGUUGGGUCAACCGAUCCAUCACCUUUUCCGAUCGCGAAUGGGUCGGUCAUUGUAGAUGUGGCGGGUCUCAAUGGCUUGGUCAGACAAUCCUCCAGCACGGGUUCCUCCACGAUUGCAAAUAACACUGGCAACGACAACACUUCUAAAAAAUUGAAUUCCUCUGACGGCUCCCAAAAAGAGGUGGCUAUUGGUGCUGGUGUCGGCGUACCUCUCGGGGUGAUUGCUCUCCUGUCUAUUGUUUGGGCCCUCUACGAGAGACGUUUGAGAAAGAAGAUUCCUCAGCCAGCCCCAGCACCAGCGGGCUACUAUGGCUACGCGAGUAGGCCGUCCGCAUCUCCUCUAGAGCUUGCAGAGCUAACAGCCUCCGAGCCUAAGCCUGCAGAACUCGAUAACUCGACCAUGAAAACCUAUCGUUGA